AUCACUUGGAGUCCACAGACACAGCGCUGAUUGAACGAGUGGAGGGGAGCUCAUUUUCAGAGCGCAUGAUUGUGUUCCAGGGGCUUCAGUACACUGUCACCGGUCAGACGCAGAAAGUCAGACAGCAAAGCCGCCUCAACACACGCCUUUAAGAGUAAAUAAUCCACAAAAGAAGAGACGGGGUGUAGGAUUUGUCUAAAUACCCUUGCUUGAGUUUUUUUUUUUUUUCUUAAGGCAAAGUGUUUUUUUUUUAUUUUUUAUUUUUAUUUAUUACCGUCUUUGGGAAGAGGGACUCUGGACUCGAGCAGCUGUAAGAUCCCCCUGCCCGGGUCUUUGUGCGUAAAAUAAAAGUUUAACACACCAAGGAGAUGAUUUGAGAGGUCUGGGAGCUUGGCAAACUCCCCUUUAGACUCCGCAGGCAUUGCACAGCUGAUACCGGACCUGGAGGAGGAUAUAUAACUUUUUUUUUUUAAAAACACAUUUGUGGUGAGACCGGGAGUUGGUCUAAAGGAAGGCAGACGAAUCCUCUUCGGUAAACCGGGAGGAGUGCGCACAGCGCUGGGGUAGCAGACUGACCUAAAGGACGGCACCUCGGAGAAAAGGUUAUGACGAAACUGAGCUGAACAUGGAGUUUUUCUGGAUUUUGUUAUUUUCUAGUGUCUGUUCACAUGCCUGGGGCCAAGGAGUUUAUGCUCCUGCCAAUGCCCAGAUCGUGCACUCAGGCGCAGCAUGUAAUGUCAAGGAUGAUAACAUCAGUGAGAGAAUCUACACCAUCAAAGAAGGAGACACACUAGUUCUUCAGUGCAUUGUUAAAGGACACCCACGGCCACAGGUACGCUGGACAAAGACGGCAGGCAGUGCAUCAGACAAGUUCCAGGAAACAUCCAUCUACAAUGAGACACUGCGCAUCGAGGGCAUCCAGAGGGUGCAGGGGGGUCGCUACUACUGCAAGGCCGACAACGGGGUGGGGGUGGCUGCCAUCAAGUCCAUCCGCGUAGAUGUGCAGUAUCUUGACACACCAGUGCUGACGGUGCACCAGACCAUCAGCGAUGUGCGGGGCAGCUACUACCAGGAGAAGACGGUGUUUCUGCGCUGCACCGUCAACUCCAACCCUCCUGCGCGAUUCAUCUGGAAACGCGGCAACACGCUCAUCGAACAGAGCAAGGAUAAUGGAGUGGACAUCUACGAGCCGCUUUACACUCAGGGAGAAACUAAGGUGUUGAAGCUAAAAAACCUAAGACCCAAGGACUUUGCUGAUUACACUUGCCAGGUGUCUGUUCGCAACGUGUGUAAUAUUGAAGAUAAGUCAGUCACCUUCAGGCUCACAAAUGCUACAAGUCCUCCGAUGAUCCGUCUGUCCGUCAAUGACACAGUGGUGGUGGAUCCAGGGCAGGAUGUGAUCAUAACCUGUGAGGUGACGGCAGGUUUUCCCCCUCCCACUGUGACCUGGUCACGUUACCCGGGCCCCCUACCCCUCAGUGCUCAAGUGCGGGGACCCACACUGAUUCUGCGAGCCGUCACUCCAGCCGACGCAGGCUUCUACAACUGCUCAGCUGUCAACAACGUGGGAAACCCUGCACGCAAAAACAUCAAUCUGGUUGUUAGAACAAUGAGCAACUUGACCUUCCAGAUCACACCGGACUCCAACAAGGACAGCGAGUCCAUUCAGAUGGGUCGGGACCUCAAGCUGUCCUGCCAUGUUGAUGCCACCCCACAGGAUAAGGUCAACUACACCUGGUACAAGAAUGGUGCACCUGUCUUCAACUCAGAGAGCCUAAUUCUGCUGCGCAGCGACCCAGACAUGGCACCGGGCACAAGUAGCUUGGAGAUUGUGGACAUGAAGUUCAGAGACUUGGCCACCUACAGCUGUGUGGCCAACUUCCCUGGCAGUAGGGUCCCUGAGCUCCGUGUGGAUGUCAACAUCUCCCAGAACAGUGUCUCUCCUGCAAUACUGUCGGUUCCAAAAGGAGGUCAGGUGGUCAGCGUGCGAGAAGGCGGUAACGCUGAACUGGUCUGUUUAGUAGAUGGUAAACCACCCCCACCUAUCCUGUGGUCAAGGGUAGAAAAGGACCUGCUGAUGCCGUCAGGGAAGCCUAUAGUGGAGACGCCAGACGGUCGACUGAGGUUAAGAAACGUUAGUCGAGACAUGAUGGGGGCAUACCGCUGCCAGACUGCUCCGUACAAUGGGCUGAACAUCAGACGUCGUGAGGCACAAGUCCAACUCAGUGUACAGUAUCCUCCAGUUCUGGACCCGGUCUUCCAGGACGUGCGUUCUAGGAACAGUCAGAUGGUAACCCUGAGGUGUACAGUCCUGCGCUCAAACCCACCACGUCUGACUGACAUUCGCUGGUUCCGUAAUGGUGAUUUCAUCCGCAUGCCUAUGCCAGACCUAAAGGAGACCCCAGAGCUGAAGUUUAAGCUUGAACCCACCAACAAUGGCACAUAUGAAUGCAGAGUCAGCAAUAAUGCAGGAACAUCAACAUGCACGUUUAAUGUCUCAGCCCAACCAUACAAUGCUGAGUUCUACUUUGACACCCCAAACCCAGUACGGAUACUUAAAGGAAACAACUAUUCCUACAACCUGCAGUGGACACAGAAAGAUCCUGAGGCCACAGAUCGCAUCAUAGGCUACUGGAUCAGUGUUUGGAAGAACAAGCAGAACCUGCAGUCGAACCUGAUAGACCUCAAGAGUAAAGAACCGGAGAAGGGUGUGCUGCUGUCCUACACCAUAAGCGACCUGAGAAUCCCUCUGUCUUAUGAGGUCCGACUUGCCCCCGUCACCACCUACAGCAGAGGGGAUUACAUCAGUCGCACCAUCCAGUACUCGGAACCUUACACAUACCCGAGAUCUUCAGACCAUGUAUGUGGUUUUGAGGACGACCGGAUCUGUGGGUUCUCUCAAGACCGGAGUGAUGUCUUUGACUGGACAAGGCAGAAUCACCUUACCCAGAAUCCCAAGCGUUCAGCCAACACUGGCCCCGAGACUGACCGCAGUGGUACCAAGGAGGGAUACUACAUGUACAUUGAAGCAUCACGACCACGCGUUCAAGGGGACAAGGCUCGUCUACUGUCGCCACUUUUUAAUGUGACCUCAGUCAGGGGCCCCAAGGGCUCUGGCAGAGUCCCAUACUGUGUCUCCUUCUACUACCACAUGAAGGGCAAGCAUAUUGGAACUCUCAAUGUGCUUCUGAGAGUGAGAAGUAUUGCCUCUGUGGAUUCAGUAGUGUGGACAAAGUCUGGUCAUCAGGGCGUGGACUGGAAAAAAGCAUUUUUUGACAUCAGCCCCAGUGGACCCUUCCAGAUUGUAUUUGAAGGAAUUCGAGGCCCAAGUUUCGAGGGGGAUAUUGCCAUUGACGAUGUGUCCAUCACCUUAGGGAAGUGCAAGCAGGAGAACACUGUAGCCAGCGCAGGUAAGACAGUUCUGAUUGGUGGAUCAAACUCACUCCCACUGGCCAGCUGGCUGACCUUUGGUCUCUCCUGCUUCCUUUUGCUACUCUACAGAUGAUGAGCACUUGCAACAACAAUACCUGUCUGCACUGACAGACACUGCCCCGAUUCGCACUCUUUUACUUCUCUCUCCGACCCUUCUCCCUGGCCUUUCCUCUGUUUUCCUGCCUUCUUCCUCGUCUGUCCUCAUCCACUCGUCUUUCUGUCCCCCAUGCAUCCAUUUCUUCCUUCUUCUUAGAUAGCAGACAUAGACGGUAACACUAAGUCUCAGUCUACUUCGUCUUUUCGUGCUUUGUUUGAAUAUUUCCCCAUCGUUGAACCCUUCAGACACAGUAUAACCAACUGACACUCAUAUUGUAUUUAAGGUGAACAUACUUAAUGAUUUAUGACAGUUGAGCUUCAUAUUCUCUCCUAUUCACUCAAUUAAUCUAAUUAGAUUCACUUCAUCCAUGUCAGCGUGUCACCUUUUCUUCCGUGUAAUUAACCUUCUUCGUACAUGUGUGCACCCUCUCAUGUAUCGCCACCUCCCCCAAACCAAAACCCCUCGACGGCUCCUCCACCCUAUUCCCAAGACACACCAAAGUGUCGGACACUCUACCAAAGAUGACAAAGGACCUGAGGGAAUAAAACGAGGGAACAGGGAUUCCAGGAAGAAAGUGAAAGAGAAAGACAAAGCGGGAAAAAUCAUUCUUUUUCACAGACACAGUUUCACUUCGGUCCUGAACCUUUGGGAACAUGUGAGCAACCGAAAGACAAAAAGACAGAAAAAAAAACCCAGAUGAAUGAAUGAAUGAAUAAACAAAUGAAUGAUGAGGAAAGGACAAACCAGACACAGAGGAAAAGGAAGGGUGCUCCUGGUAGCCUCUCUGCUUGCCCUCUGCUUGCCACAAGAGACGAACCUCAGUGCGGAUUAUACGUGUACAUUUAUCUAUAUAUAUAUUAAAUAUAACAAAGUUUAAACUAAAACACAACUAGGACAGUGGAGGACUUUACAAAGUGAAAUUAAAGAAGCACAACAUUUAUACAACCUCUGCUGUUCCUUUGAGUUUUAUUCUACUUAUUAUGUGAUGUUGCAAUUUGUUAGACAUAUUCAAUGUUUUUGAUAUUUUGCUUUUGGAUUCUUUUGUUAUGGCGUUUUAAGGAUUAAGGGCAAUGAGUAAUAGGCCGAUGAGUAUAACUUACUAUGUUAAUGUCUAUGAAGAGAAGUUGAUUUGUGAUCCAGUACCUGAACUGAGCACUCGUCAGGCUGUCUACAGAAGACCCAAGCUGCCUGGAUAAAAAAAAAACAAACAAAAACAAAAAAAAACUCCAUGUUUCUUUACACAUACUGAAAACACACAGGGACACAUUACAAUACACACUCAGUUAUGCAGGUUUUUUUCUAGCAAACUCAUCUCCUCAACCAUAUGCCUCAUCUGUGAAUGGAAAUCUACUGAGGGUACAUCCACCCUACACGUUUCUGUUCCUUUGCCGUCAAGCUCCGACCUCUGGACACGCGGAUGCAGACAUAGACCAUUACAUUAACACAGUAGCUAUGGUUGUAUUCUGCAAAGGGCCAAACAUUGUCUGCUAAGGCACGGGGGUGAAGAAAAGGUCCUGGAUCGAGUUCCGCUGAGUGUAAGAUCAGAGCGGUUCCUGGUGUUGAAUGUCACGGAUGAAUUUCUCACACAUUUUGAUGAACAAUGGAGUAGAUUUUCACAAUCUCGUUGCGCAAAUGUGAAUUUCAUAUCAGAUUUCUUGUCAUUGUUUAAUUACCAUUGAAUGUCUGUCUUAGUGUACACAAGUUUCAUAAUCACAUAGAUAUGACUGAUAAAGUUACACAAUACUCAUAUCUAGAGAUCAGUAUAUGCAGUAGUUUAUGGUUGCAUUUAAGAUUUAGUUCAGUCUGCAGAAAACGAAAUAGCUUAAACAUCUCUCUUCAUUUAUGAGGCUGAUUUUAAAGUCAUAUGUGCAUUUAUUGUUUAUGUAAGUUCACAAUUACAGCUGCAGCCAUUUGACUCAUUCACAGCAUAGUAUGUAUUGAAUUUUGCUGCAUCAGAUUUCAAUUUAUCUCAAAAAGCUGCACUCCUUCAGUAACUUAUCAACUGUAUCUAUAUUGAUCUGCUUCAUUACAGUGUGCAGUAAGUGUUAAUCACUACAGUUUAUGUAACUGUGUCUGUCUCAUGUCACAUUCAUUUAAUCAUUGCACUUGUUUUUUUUUUGUUUUUUUUUUAUAUGUUAAUAAUAUUAUUCAUUUGUCAUCAUUUGUCAUGUUUAUGAUUAAGACAUGAAACUGUACCAUUGUCUAGGUUUUGGUUUCCACAGGCGUUUGGAGGACAUGUUAGACUGACAAUAUGUGAAAUGCCACAGGCAGUACUGUAUUAUUAAAGGUACUGUAAAGAAA